CGUGAUCAUUGUACACAGUCUUCAACACCAACUUACACCACGGAGGUAGUAGUGAAGUGUUGCUGAAAAGAAAUGGCGGACAAGGACGAUAAUGAGAAGACCAUCGCCGAAGACUUGGUUGUUACCAAGUAUAAAAUGGCCGGCGAACUUGUAAACCGAGUUUUAAAGCAAGUUUUGGAAAAAUGUGUGAUUGGCGCUUCGGUGAGGGAAGUUUGUGAGUAUGGCGACACAUUACUCUUGGACGAAACGAGUAAAGUAUUUAAAAAGGAAAAGGAUUUGAAGAAAGGAAUUGCUUUUCCAACGUGUAUAUCGGUAAAUAACUGUAUAUGCCACUUUUCUCCAAUUGCCAGCGAACCGGAUCUUAUUCUCAAAGAUGAGGAUAUGGUCAAAGUUGAUCUCGGAGCACACAUUGAUGGUUUUAUCGCGGUAGUUGCACAUACGUUCGUUAUUGGUUCAUCGGCUGAAAAGAAAGUCACUGGACGAAAAGCUGACGUCAUUUUGGCUGCACAUUAUGCCUCUCAAGCUGCAUUGAGACUUCUCAAGCCAGGCACUGAGACUUACACGAUAACGGGAACGGUGGAGAAAAUUUGCGAGGCUUACAAAUGUAAGCCCAUUGAAGGAAUGUUGAGCCACCAAUUGAAGCAAUUUAAAAUUGACGGAGAGAAAACAAUUAUUCAAAAUCCAAAUGACGCGCAAAAGAAGGAACACGAAAAAUACACUCUCGAAACGCACGAGGUAUAUGCCAUGGACGUUUUGGUGAGUACAGGCGACGGCGUUGGACGAGAACAAGAUACACGUGUGACAAUUUACAAGAAAACGGAGGAAACGUAUCAAUUAAAAUUGAAAGCGUCUCGCAUGUUUUACUCCGAAGUGACUCAUAAACAUGGUCUCAUGCCUUUUAAUCUUCGCACUUUCGAGGACGAGAAGAAGGCAAAAAUGGCGGUUGUCGAGUGUGUCAAUCACAGACUCAUCGAACCGUUCCAGGUUUUGUACGAGAAACCAAGCGAAUUUGCAGCGCAGUUUAAAUUUACAGUACUUUUAAUGCCGAAUGGACCCCAUAAAAUUACUGGAUCUCCAAUUGAUCUCGAUUGUUAUCAGUCGGAGUGCGUUGUCGAGGAUCCGGAAUUAAAGUCGUUGUUGCAAUCAUCGGCAAACCCGAAAUCAGCAAAGAAGAAGAAAAAGAAGGCUGAGAAGGCAGUGGGAGAGAGCAGGGAAGCUGUAAUCAAUCCUCCUGCGAUUGAAAAUAAUGCAAUGGAGUCAAUGGAAGUUGACGCUAAGGCCUAACACAAUAUUUGAUUAGCUAAAGCAAUGCAGAAAUAAGAGAGUGAUGCAGGAUGCCUUCGCGGAAGUUCGCGCACCUUCUUCGUCCCUCCUCCUUCACAAAAAAAGCGCAAGUCACUUUGGAUUCAAAAAAACGAAACAAAAAAAAGAAAGAAAAGGAAAAAAGUGACUUCCCUUUUGUAAGAAAGUUAUAUUCCGUCGAAUCUGCGAAUAUUCCGAUCAUCUCUGCAAUUGAAAAAAGAAAAAAAAACCACUUGUGUCUGGUAUUGUGUGUACUUGUGUUCGCAGAAGUAUUGAGUCUUUCUCUCUACUCGAUUUAAUCAAAUCGUUUUUUCUAUGCAUCACUUUUUUUUGCUUAAAACGUAAGUCCUUUUCACUUUUUUUACACACUUGAAUAAUAUUUUCCAAUUAUUCUCCCCCUUCUCUUUCUCUCUUUCUCUCUAUUUCUUUUUUUUUUAAAUGAUGAAACAAAAAUUUCCACUGCCAAGCGUAAUCAAUUUUGACGGGAAAAGUACAAUCGAUGAUUAAAAUUUAAAAAAAUACAUAUCCUUCUUGCACUUUGUGCUUUUUGUGAAGGGUAUAUAAUUAUUAAUAUCAGCCUUCCGCUUCGGUACGUUAAAUACUUGAUAAUUCACUCGUUUUUAAGAGUUAAAAAAAUUGUUUUCGUUUCAUCUUUAGAAGUUUACCCUUCGAAACCUAUUUCAUUACAAUUCUUAUCAUUCAAAAUUUUCUUUCUUCAGAUUCGAUGAAAAUCUCUCAUUUCUUAGUGCGAAAUUAUUAUUUGCAUAAUAUAAACUUUCUUUUUUUUUAAAAGAAAAACGAAAAUUUUCAAUUUUUGAAAAAUAAAUUUCGUCUUGCAUGAUAAAUAGAUUUUCGAAGGGUUUUUUCGAGGAAACGGAAGUAAAGCUAUUUUUUUCAUCUUUUUCUAUAUUUGAGAAAAAAUGGAGAAAAAAAUCGCUCAACUUACUUACUUUCUUUCUUUAGGUAAAUCGUUGAAUGAUUUUUCAAGAAUUUUUGGUAUAGACAUUUGCAUAUACGAAAAAAAAAUAUAAAAAGAAAAAAAAAGAAAAUAAGUCAUCUUUGCCUCCAUUCGUAAUUAUGGAGCUGAGUCAAACAAAAAGCAAAAAAAAAAAAAAAAAAAAAAUUAUCGAAUGUUACUAAACAUUCACUAGGCAUAAUUAACUUUUAAUUUUCAUUUUGUGAAGAUUUUUUUUUUAAUUCCUAUUGGAAAUACUUUUGCUGGACAGAUUUAUUAUACAAAAGUAGCGAAGAAAAUUCGCUAAAAGAAUGUAAAGAAAUUUACGGAUAUUGUAAAUUCUAUUUCGAUAAUAUUCGAAAUUAUAUUAUCUUCGAUUUUGACAAUAAUUAUCAAAUUUGAAUCAAUGCAAUAAUUUUGAAAAUUCUCGAUAACUUUGAGAAGUACUCGAGACUAAAAGAAUUGUUACAAACUAGAAAAUUUCUAGUUAAAAUAUUUGAAAAUAUCUGAGAUAUUUUUUCUUUCUAUUUGUUUUAGUGUAAAAAGAAUACUACACUUUUCGAAUAUAUAUGAUAAAAUUAGUAACAAGAAAAUUGACUUUUAAAGAAAAAUUUGUCACAUACAAAAAUACACGAGAAGAGAAAAAUUGUAAACUUGAAAAUUGUCUUGUCCUUUUUGAAAAAAAAUUUUUAAAGGACGUUUUACUGCGUAACACUUGACACGCUGUCCAGUACACUUAGGAAUAUGAAAGCAAAAAGAAAAGAAAAAUUUUAUAUAAAAAUUCGUUUAAAUCAAUUAAUAUACAGUAAAACGUGCAUUUUAUUAAUGUAUCACUCAUCGACAAAUGCGUUUGCUACGGUCCAUGAUCUCUGAUUGGAGCGAGGAUGAAAAAAUACAGAAAUAUAGAACAAUA